CCUUAUACUUUUUUUUCUGCAGAUGAGAAAGAUGAUAUUUCAAAGGCUGACUCAGAUAAGUUGAAAUCAAUAAUUGAAGAAGUUGAUGGCUUGCAUCAGCUUGUAACAAAACCCAGGGAACAAGUUGCAGAUGCGGAAGCCCUGUUUGACAUUGCAAACACCUUGGUAACAUCUGUUAAAGAAUAUUGCAAUGAAGGCAUGACUCCUUCAGAUUUCGUUAGCAGUCUGAUUAGGGAUUUUGGAGAACAAAGUGGACCAAAUAGAAACCAGGAUGAGGAUGCGACUUCAAUACAAUGGAAAGAUAUUGGCCUAGCAGUCUCUCAUGUUUUCAGGAGUGCUCCUGGUUGCCGAACAAUGAUUGGACCUAUGAAUACUGAAAUGAAGCCAUGUAAGCAAGUUACUCGUAAAAAGCGUGCAAGGCCAUCUCAAAGCUCUCGGCCUGAAGAG